AGCCUCAAUAACCAAAUUUCGCUCAUUUUUUUCUGAAUGUAGUGGAAGCGUUACCUCCACAGAUCCCCAAAAUCAUAUCAUAGAAACCCUAGUCUUCUCUGAAUCGAUCUCUAUAUCUUUCGAUUAUUCCUUGUCAGUCUGGUUUAUUUUUUUGGCUUUCCAUCUUUGAAAUCUGUUGGAGAAAGGUUGAGUUUUUAAUCCAUUUUCUCUCUCUAUUUGGUUUUUGUUUGUUUGUUUUGAUCCAUUUCUUCUCUACUAGUCGGACCGAGUCUGGGUUUCUAGAAUGAGUUUGUGAAACGAGAGUUGUGAAGGAGCAGCUAAGGGGUUUCAGGAAUGAGAUUUGAUGGGUGAACGAUGCUGGAACUGCGUAGUGGAGUGCGCAGGGGCCGGGCAGCACAGCCAAAACCGAUCGGAGACGAGAAGGUGAUUACAAAGACGAGAAGAAGACGAACAACGAAGAACAAACAACCGGUCGAUGAGAACAUCUUGAAGGGCUCUGUUCCGACGACGUCUCAGAAGGCUAAGGAGGAAGCAAGGAUUUUAAAGGAAGGCGGCGUUGGCAGAGGAGUCGGGGUUGGUGGGGAGGAGGUUGGAGAGAAGAAGAUGGACGAUUACGAUAGCGGGGGGAGGAGCGCUGAUAAGGCUCCUGGGGCAGAAGAUGAAGGAAGCACCGCUCCCCUUCCUGAAAAGGUCCAAGUGGGUAAUUCUCCGAUGUACAAAAUAGAAAGAAAGCUGGGCAAAGGAGGCUUCGGACAAGUGUAUGUUGGACGCCGUAUGUCUGCUACAAUUACAAUGGAUAGAAGUACUGGCCCAUUAGCUAGUGAGGUUGCCUUAAAAUUUGAGCAUAGAAGUAGCAAGGGGUGUAAUUAUGGACCACCUUAUGAGUGGCAGGUUUACAACACUCUUGGUGGCAGUCAUGGUGUGCCAAGAGUCCAUUACAAGGGCCGCCAAGGUGACUAUUAUGUCAUGGUUAUGGAUAUGCUGGGACCAAGUCUAUGGGAUGUUUGGAAUAACAAUUCCCACACAAUGUCUAUUGAGAUGGUUGCUUGCAUUGCAAUUGAAGCAAUCUCUAUCCUGGAAAAGAUGCAUUCUAAAGGGUAUGUUCAUGGGGAUGUAAAGCCCGAGAACUUUUUGCUUGGUACUCCAGGGACUCCAGAUGAGAAAAAAUUGUUCCUUGUCGAUCUUGGUUUGGCCACUAAAUGGCAAGACACAAAUGGUCAGCAUGUUUUGUAUGACCAGCGGCCCGAUGUUUUCAGGGGAACAGUGCGUUAUGCUAGUGUGCAUGCUCAUCUUGGGAGAACUGGAAGCAGGAGAGAUGAUUUGGAAUCUCUUGCAUAUACAUUAGUUUUUCUUCUUCGCGGUCGCCUACCUUGGCAAGGCUACCUGGGCGAAAAUAAAGGCUUCCUUGUCUGCAAAAAGAAGAUGGCAACAUCUCCAGAAACUCUUUGUUGCUUUUGUCCACAACCUUUCAGACAGUUUGUUGAAUAUGUUGUGAAUUUGAAAUUUGAUGAGGAACCAAACUAUGCAAGAUACAUUUCCCUAUUUGAUGGAAUUGUCGGUCCAAAUCCUGAUAUUAGACCAAUUAACACUGAUGGAGCACAGAAGCUUAUCUAUCAGGUUGGCCAUAAGAGAGGCCGGUUGACCAUGGAGGAAGAGGAAGAUGAGCAACCUAAGAAAAAGGUCCGGAUGGGGAUGCCUGCAACUCAAUGGAUUAGUGUCUAUAAUGCUCGCCGGCCUAUGAAGCAAAGGUAUCACUAUAAUGUUGCAGAUGCAAGGCUUGCCCAACACAUUGAGAAAGGAAAUGAAGAUGGUCUAUUUAUUAGCAGUGUGGCAUCUUGUUCAAAUCUAUGGGCCCUUAUCAUGGAUGCUGGAACUGGUUUCACUGAUCAAGUUUAUGAACUCUCACCCUAUUUCCUUCACAAAGAAUGGAUUAUGGAGCAGUGGGAGAAGAGCUACUAUAUUAGUUCAAUAGCUGGAGCUACUAACGGAAGCUCAUUGGUUGUAAUGUCUAAAGGUACACAGUAUGCACAGCAGUCAUACAAAGUAAGUGAUUCAUUUCCAUUCAAGUGGAUCAACAAAAAGUGGAGGGAGGGUUUCUAUGUCACCUCCAUGGCCACGGCAGGAAGUAGAUGGGGAGUUGUUAUGUCCCGUAGUGCAGGAUUUUCAGACCAGGUUGUUGAAUUAGAUUUUCUGUACCCUAGUGAAGGUAUCCAUCGGAGAUGGGAUCAUGGUUAUCGCAUCACUGCCACAGCAGCAACUUGGGACCAGGCUGCUUUUGUUCUUAGUGUGCCUAGAAGAAGACCAGUAGAUGAAACACAGGAGACUCUACGAACAUCUGCUUUUCCUAGUACACAUGUCAAGGAAAAAUGGGCUAAAAAUCUAUAUAUUGCAUCUGUUUGCUACGGCCGAACAGUCUCAUGACCUUCCCAAUUUGUUGUUGGGUUGCUUCCAGAAUUUAUAUUGAAGAUACUGCUCACAUCUGGCUGCUGGUUUCAUACCUCUUGCCAUCCGAUUGGGAAGCUACAAACCCGUCAUUUCUGAAGCCAAACUGCUCAUUAUGACACCUUGACUGGAGAAAUUUUGAUGCGUGCAACUAUCAAUUGUUCAAAGUCUGAUAUCAGCUAUUACUAACACCUUGUGCUUGUGUCUUUGUCAAGAGUGGAAAUGUUCUUCAUGUAACAUCCAUGUUCUAUCAGGUUCAAAGGAAUGAUGGCAUCUUAUUGUCAUAAAGUUUGUAUAGUCCUGAAUAAUGAUUACUUGAUACAAGGCAUAUGCACAGGUCAUGCUUUGAUUGCUGUUAAUGGUUGAUGGUGUUAUGAGAAGUUCUCUUUCAAUGCGAUUGCUGUCCCACCAGCUCUCUCUC